AAAAUGGUCAUUCCAAAAAGGGGCCAUUCUUUAAUUCACUUCUUUCUUUUUUGAAAGUACGCCAUUGCAGGCGUGUAGUGUUUUACAAAUUCGGUCAAGAAAAUCACUAAACAUCCAAGAUGGUUAACUUCACCGUAGAUGAAAUCCGUGGCUUGAUGGACAAAAAACGGAAUAUCCGUAAUAUGUCUGUCAUUGCUCACGUCGAUCAUGGAAAAUCUACCCUGACCGAUUCUUUGGUCUCCAAGGCUGGAAUUAUUGCCGGAGCCAAAGCUGGUGAGACUCGUUUCACCGACACGCGUAAGGACGAGCAGGAAAGAUGCAUCACCAUCAAGUCAACUGCCAUCUCUAUGUACUUCGAAGUUGAGGAGAAAGAUUGCGUGUUCAUCACCAAUCCCGACCAACGUGAAAAGGACGAGAGGGGUUUCUUGAUCAAUUUGAUCGAUUCACCCGGUCACGUUGAUUUCUCAUCUGAAGUAACAGCUGCUCUCCGUGUAACUGAUGGAGCUUUGGUUGUGGUGGAUUGCGUUUCUGGUGUGUGUGUGCAAACCGAAACUGUCUUGCGUCAAGCCAUCGCUGAACGUAUUAAGCCAAUUUUGUUCAUGAACAAGAUGGACCGUGCUCUCUUGGAAUUGCAAUUGGAUGCCGAAGAACUUUACCAAACUUUCCAGAGGAUUGUUGAAAACGUCAACGUCAUCAUUGCUACCUACAACGACGAUGGUGGUCCAAUGGGAGAGGUCCGCGUCGACCCCUCAAAGGGUUCAGUCGGUUUCGGUUCUGGUCUUCACGGAUGGGCUUUUACCUUGAAACAGUUCUCCGAAAUGUACUCUGAAAAAUUCAAGAUCGAUGUCGUCAAACUAAUGAACCGUCUAUGGGGUGAGAACUUCUUCAACGGUAAGACCAAGAAGUGGUCCAAGCAAAAGGAAGCUGACAACAAGCGUUCUUUCUGCAUGUACAUCUUGGAUCCAAUCUACAAGGUCUUCGAUGCCAUCAUGAAUUACAAGAAGGAAGAAAUUCCAACUCUUUUGGAAAAGAUUGGAGUUACCUUGAAGCACGAAGACAAGGACAGUGACGGCAAGAAACUCUUGAAGACUGUCAUGCGCACCUGGUUGCCAGCUGGAGAAUCUUUGUUGCAAAUGAUAGCCAUCCAUUUGCCAUCACCAGUUAUUGCCCAACGUUACCGUAUGGAGAUGUUGUACGAGGGUCCACUCGAUGAUGAAGCAGCUGUUGCUGUUAAGAACUGUGAUCCAAAUGGUCCACUUAUGAUGUACAUUUCCAAGAUGGUACCCACCACCGACAAGGGUCGUUUCUACGCUUUCGGUCGUGUGUUCUCCGGUAAAGUCGCUACUGGCCAGAAGGCACGUAUCAUGGGACCAAACUACGUUCCCGGCAAGAAAGAAGAUUUGUACGAGAAGGCCAUCCAACGUACAAUCUUGAUGAUGGGUCGUUAUGUUGAAGCCAUUGAAGAUGUUCCAUCUGGUAACAUUUGCGGUUUGGUAGGUGUUGAUCAGUUCUUGAUUAAGACCGGAACCAUCAGUACCUUCAAGGAUGCCCACAACAUGAAGGUUAUGAAAUUCUCUGUAUCACCUGUCGUGCGUGUCGCUGUCGAGCCCAAGAACCCAGCUGAUUUGCCUAAACUUGUUGAAGGUCUUAAGCGUUUGGCUAAAUCCGAUCCUAUGGUACAAUGUAUCAUUGAAGAAUCUGGAGAGCACAUCAUUGCUGGUGCCGGAGAAUUGCAUUUGGAAAUUUGUUUGAAGGAUCUUGAAGAAGAUCACGCUUGCAUUCCUUUGAAAAAGUCCGACCCCGUUGUGUCGUACCGUGAAACUGUCUUCGAAGAGUCUAACCAAAUGUGUUUGUCAAAAUCUCCAAACAAGCACAACCGUCUGCUUAUGAGGGCUGUUCCUAUGCCUGAUGGACUCCCAGAAGAUAUCGACAAGGGUGAUGUCAGCUCAAAGGACGAUUUCAAGGUCCGUGCUCGUUACUUGGCCGAGAAAUACGAUUACGAUAUUACAGAAGCCCGUAAGAUCUGGUGCUUCGGUCCAGACGGUACUGGUCCAAAUUUCAUCAUGGACUGCACCAAGUCUGUUCAAUACUUGAACGAAAUCAAGGAUUCCGUUGUAGCUGGUUUCCAAUGGGCGACAAAGGAAGGUGUUUUGGCUGAUGAAAACAUGCGAGGUGUCCGUUUCAACAUUUAUGAUGUUACCUUGCACGCUGAUGCUAUCCAUCGUGGUGGUGGCCAGAUCAUUCCAACUGCUCGUCGUGUCUUGUACGCUUCAGCAAUUACAGCUUCACCACGUUUGAUGGAGCCUGUGUACUUGUGUGAAAUCCAAUGUCCAGAAGUGGCCGUCGGUGGUAUCUACGGUGUGUUGAACAGACGUCGUGGUCACGUCUUCGAAGAAAGUCAAGUCGUUGGUACCCCAAUGUUCGUUGUCAAAGCUUAUUUGCCUGUAAACGAAUCAUUCGGUUUCACUGCUGAUUUGCGUUCAAAUACCGGUGGACAAGCCUUCCCACAGUGCGUGUUCGACCAUUGGCAAGUCCUCCCCGGUGACCCAAUGGACAUCGGUACCAAGCCAUACCAAAUCGUGCAGGACACACGUAAACGUAAGGGUCUUAAGGAAGGUCUCCCAGAUGUUACUCAAUACCUAGACAAAUUGUAAAAUGGCGCAGAGCAUACUCCCUAUAAGGCUUUAAGUUUUGAGGUUAUAUCAAGAUAAUAUUUUUUAAAUCAGUACCAACAUAAAAAUAAAUGUAAUUUGUAUUAAAUA